AUGAAUGAAGAAAUACAAGCGCUCGAGAGAAAUCAAACAUGGUUUAUAGUCGACCUUCCUCCGAUAAAGAAACCCAUUGGAGCAAGGUGGAUAUACAAACUAAAACAUCGUGUCAACGACACGAUAGAGCGCUACAAGGCCCGCCUAGUAGCAAAGGGAUACAACCAGGUAGAGGGAUAUGAUUAUCAUGAUACAUAUGCUCCUGUGGCGAAACUAGUCACACUUCGACGCUUAUUAGCUAUAGUGGCAUCAAAAGGCUGGGAACUCCACCAGUUGGAUGCCAACAAUGCUUUCUUGAAUGGGGAUUUGAUAGAAGAUGUGUACAUGAGCACACCUCCUGGCUUUCCCAAGCAACCGGAGAAUAAGUCCACAACAGGUUACUCCCUCUUCACAUCAAAGAAAAAUGGGUCAUUCAUUAUGGUUUUGGUGUAUGUUGAUGACCUGGUCAUAACCGAAAAUGAUCCAUCCCGCAUAGGUGAACUCAAGCUACAUCUUUAUGAAUGCUUCUCCUUGAAAGACCUAGGCCUACUCAAAUACUUCCUGAGCUUAGAAAUUAUGCACAACAGCUCUGGAAUUUUCGUUUGUCAGAAUAAAUAUGCUUUGGACAUCAUUGUUGACACAAGGAUGGAGGAUUGCAAGCUCGCAUCACAUCCUAUGGUGCAACAAAAACACUUUGUUGACAACAAUAGCCCACUACUAGAUGAUCCAAGUCAAUAUAGGCACUUAGUAGGUUGGCUAGUUUACUUGAUGGUCACCAAGCCAGAACUCUGCUUUCAACCAGAACUCUGCUUUCUAGUGCACAUACUGUCACAAUUCUUAAGCAAGUCGCACGCAAAGCAUGUGGAAGCUGCUAAGAGAGUGGUAAGAUUCGUCAAAGCCAAUCCCAGUCAUGGAAUAUUCUUUCCGUCAAACAAUGAGAUGUUGCUCCAAAUCUAUUGUGAUUCUGAUUGGGCCUCUUGCCCAUUAACUUGGAGGUCCACUACAGGUUAUGUUGCAUUGCUCGGCAGCGCCAUCAUUUCAUGGAAAACUAAAAAACAGACAACUGUGUCACAUUCAUCUGCAAAAGCUGAAUAUCGGGCCAUGGCUGUUGCCACUGAUGAGCUAUUAUGGUUUAUACGUCUGCUCCGAGACUUAGACAUUCCCAUUUCUGGUCCUAUGGAGCUUUUCGGUGACAAUCGAUAUUGA